CCAGUCCUAUCCUCCUUUCCAAGGCAGUAUGGGCUUUUGCGGUGGACCCCCACCACGAUUCAACGGUACUUGGCCACCUUCACCACCACUCAACGGUACUUGGCCACCUUCACCACCACUCAACGGUACUUGGCCAGCUCCAGACGGCAACAACGAUAAUGGCUGGCAGCGCUAUCCGCAAGGCCAUGGCCUUUUCUCGGCUCAUUUCCUAAUGCCUGAUACCAGCUAUGUGGUUGCGACCUGCUAUCUAUCGUUUCUAUGCGUCGUUGCAAUUGUCAUGUGUAUGAAGUCGUGCACACGACUCCGUACCUUUGCCUGCAUCACUACAUACCUCGGACUCACCAUCGCAAUCGUUGGUCUUCUACAAGCGAAGUAUCUUUUGAUAGCGACAUGAUGGCUGUUGGUGUCUGGUAUUUGUCCAGUCUGAUGACACUCGCCUUUGCCUAUGCCGUGCUCAACAUUUUCUACUUCUUCAACCACGAGUUCUUAUACACGCAACAAGGACAGGUUCUAGAUCUAUGCCUACGUAUCACUAUCGGGCCCAUUUUCUUCCUUCCAGCACCAGCGUUCCUUCUGCGGUUUUAUAGAGAACACUUCCGAAAGUUUAAGGGCGGCAGCAGCAAUGGACGCAAUGCCAGUGGAGGUCGAAAUUGGGGCUCAGGAAACAACCAUUUUAACGGCUCAUUUACCAAUUCGGAGCACCACCAUACCACUAUGUCUCCGGACACCACGCGAAUAGGAAGCAGGAUAGGCGGGAGCGACAGCAUCCCUCGAGGUUCGUUUGACAUCAGUUCCGACAGGUACCAGGAGCCGACAAGCCCAGGGGGUACAUAUGGCCGACUCAAGAUGUUCCAUGCAAGAGACAGAGGCCAUUCGGUGGAAAGUAGCAGGGUCUUGAACAGGGAUUUUGAGUGCGAGUCCUCCCAUUCGCAGCAUCCCUCUGAGGAUCGAGCAGAUUCUUUUCACCAAUACUUUUCCAGUAUGGAUGGAUCCAAACACCCUUUGCGCCAAUCUGUAGCUCUGGAUGACUUCGAGAGCCUCGAACAAAAGAACAGCAAACCAUACGAUCCACUACAGAGCAAGGAAUGGCCGUAUAAUGUUGAUACACCGCAACAACCCCAACCCGCAUUGAUCGAACAGCGUAUACGGGGGAUCAGAAACGAGACAGUAGCGGGCCUUGCAGAUUUGGAGCUGCCCGUAAAGAGCCUUGCUAGACUCGCGACGCACGCCAACAAUACUACGGGUGAGAUGGCUGUAGCUCAAGUGGAGGAUAACUCAAAGCCGAAGCGGAGAGACAUUUCGCCAAACGAAAAAAUCGCCCUGGGGCGGAUCACUGGGACAACCGGAUGGGAAGUCGGUGGUUUUAAUGCUCAAGCAACAAGCGUGUCAUCUGCAGCGGAAGACAAGCCGACAUCCGAACGACCAGUAACGAAGAACGAGACAUCCACCCAUGAUACUCCAAUCGCUGCCGACGACUCUCUUGAAGGGUUGACCGGUCUGCAGAGACAGUUGGCUGAGCACCGCUCAGCGCUUUUGCCUCAGGUCAUCGCCUACAAGGCAUAUAAAGAGGAUCUUGCAUUUGUAGAGCCUUUCGAUCACACGUUCAAGCCCUCACCUUUCCCGCUCUAUGAGCCGGAGCGUCCUCACCAGAGCAUCAGCGACGUUCUGCCCUCCACCAUCAAUUCGAAUCCCUGGUCGCAAGACGGGGCUGCUCCAGAUGCCAGCAAGUUUGGUCGAGGUGGCCAUGAACCAGAGUCCAAGUCUCCGAUUCAUGUAGUCGAACCAGGGCAUUGGUCGACAACGUCAUCCAAAAACAGAGCAGAAGGCGAUUUGGCCUACAACAGCAAUGCCAGUAAUGCCCACGCUGGUAGCAGCAGAUCGCGCGACAAGUCUAAGGAGGGAAUUAUCGCAGCCUUCUCAAAAGCCAUUGUUGGGGGUGGUCAUGGUGGCAACAUUGGUCAUACCAAAGGCUCAUCGACAAAGGAGGGAAAUUCAAUAUCUCACCCCCGAUCAAGCCAAGAUGCCAAUGACCGUGGCUUCAAGAUUAUCAACAGUGGCCAUAUCGAUAGACCGUUAGAGACAAGUCAGAACCCUACUCCUGCCACGGUCGAGGAACUGGCAGAGCUGUCGGUCAGGGUCCGCGAGGGCGAGGUUACUAGGACUUCAAGCCCUUAUGAUUACUCGGACCCAUACGAUGUUCGCACUGGGUUCAGCAGCAGCCAUGCUGCAGGCGCUCAUGCUAGCGCGAUGACCAAAAGUCCGUCGGCCUCUAUGGCCUCCAAGGGUGCAUCGACCCCAAGCCUUGGGUCAUUCAAGUCGCGCGAAAGUCUCUCCAAGAGCAGCACAGCCUCAAGGGAGCCCCAAAUACGUCCCACUUCCCCUUCGCCGCCAUCCAAGAAGUCCAGCUCAAAAUCGACCUCACGCACAGCGCGGUCCAAAUCUGACGCCACAUACCGCGAAGGCUCUGAAUCUCCGCGGACGCCAAUGUCGGAGCUACCAAUCACUGCUUCUCGCCUUAUGUCGGCCGCUGCUUCAUCAGAAAUCCCAUCGGUCCCUCCUGCAAUGGUCAAGACAUCCUUGUCGCCACCGCCUCGCCAGAGCUGGCGACGCUCGAAGUCCUUCAAGGGCUCGAACUCCCCUAUAACAGCCAUCGAUACCAGCGUCACCACUGAGACGGAGCAGCAGAGUGGCGACCCUUUGUCAUCGAUCAACUUUACCAACCCCUCCACGACACACAGCUCGCCCAUAGGCAACGUUAGCUCCAGUACGGGUUUUCCGGAUUCUUGCUCUUUUAGCUCCAUCUCCCAAAGCCAUGGUCAUCAUGCCAGCUCGUUAGAAGACAGCACAGACUGUCGACCCAGUCAAGAACGGGAGCGAGUCGCUCCAUUGAGUCCCCCAUUGUCGGGACUGAGCUCUCGUCUCCAGGGCACUCGUCAUCAGCGAUCUGUUGACAACCUGACUUCGGCAUAUUUCUAUAAGCGUGCCUCUGAACUUAACGGUAAUAAUACCGCCACGAGCUCAAGCCCGUACCCUGUUCGCGACUCCCACGGUAUCGCGGUCCCAUCCUCGCUGCACUCGUCCACAAGGUCGCCUACGCUCGGAUCCCCACCUUCCCCGAGCCCGAACACCUACAUGUUCUCUUACAGCCACGAUAACCACAGCCGAAAGUCGCCCUCACCGACGCGCUAUGGAGGGUUCUCGCCCUCAUCGUCACCCUCGCCCUCGGCGACCAUGACUAUGGCAAACACUCAACUCGGUUUAUCUUUUGGCGCUACUGACCUGACGCCUCCCGAGAGUCGGUCCAGUAGUUUUGCCAACUCAUCCGGACCCCAUCAUCCUCAAAGCCGUAUGUUGGCGGACGAUCCGUGGACACAGGCCAUGGUGAACCGUGCGCAGGCCCAAACCAAUUCUUCCUCCGCGGCCGGAAAGAGCUCAGGAAAGCAUGACCGCUCUAUGAGUCCUGUGUACGUCAUGGACCCCAAUGCCAGACCGUCUAUUGCCAGGGCUACAUCUGAGUAAUGUCGCCGACCUGUACAAAUGGUUUUACAUGUAUACCAUAAUUUACUUUUUACAAUAAAUAAAAGCGAAAAAUUUAAACUCCAUUGUCCGGAAUAUCGUUUUCAGAGAAACAAUGGUCAGCUUUGAACCUUCAUAGCCACCCAGUUGGUAUUCGAGGAAAGAGGAUUUUUAUCAUU